CAUUCUCGAGUCGGGGCUGCGAGGACCUGUGCAUAUAGGCGUCCGUGUCCGUAGCAGAUAUUUGGUCAGCGAUUCGAAUGGCGACAUCAGCAAUCUACCCUCGCUUCGCGACACUCGCGAAUGACGGAACUCCCCGCUUUUGCGGCUCUCCCGCGAUCCCGCCAUCGCACGGUUCGAGUGUUUUCGUUCGAGAUGCCUGCCACGUCAUUGGCCGCCGCCAGUUCCGCCGAUCCUGCCAACGUGGCAUUCUACGACCGCAGAAAUGGCAACCUAGCCGGAUUGUUGCAAGAGCCAAGUCAGCAGAAUCAGGGAGCGAAAAUGCCGGCGACGGGGGCAACGAGCCUAUUAAAGUGGAGGUUUCGCCGAACCUGUCCAUCGCGCUCGGUGAUGAGGUUCGGCGGUUGGCAGCAGGUGCGGAAGGAGGUUCGGAGGAAGCAGGUGCGGAGAGUGGUCUGAGUCUGAUCGAGCGGAAUGAGCGGAGAAGGCAAGCCAGACGAGCCGCCGCUGCUGCUGCUGCUGCUUCUGAUGAUGCUUCUAUUCCUACCUCUGCUGAUGCUUCUGCAGCAGCCGCGCCUGUAGAUUCGCCGUCAAGAGGUGGAGUGGCAGCAGCAGCAGCAGCAGCAGCAGCACCAGCAGCAGCAACCCCACUAACAGCGUCGGCACCAGCAGCAGCUUUCGAUGAAACGCGGGCUGUCAUUGCUGACGAGGCGGCGUACGUGUCCAUGGUGAAACGCGCCGCUGCUGCCACGUCAGCAUGGCGACAGGCGGUGCCGUUCCCUCUUAGCGAUUUUUUCUUUGGCCCCGACGGGGUUGGCGUUAAGGGAGGCAAGGCGGAGGAAGAGAGGCUGAUCCACGACAUCUACUUCAAGGCGGAAAAUGGGCGGCCACUGGAGCAGGUUGACACCCAAGCUAUCAGGGACAAGGUGCUGACGUCAUCAGGCUUUGAGGUUGAGUCAGCAGUGAAUCCACGACAGUGCCAGCAAGGCGUGGUCUUCUACGGCCGCCUCUCUGCUCCCGCCCCCGAUGUCUACACCACCAUUCAAGCUCGCUUGGAUGCCUCCUUCCCCGGCCUGUGCGCAGUGCUUGCUAGAGACGACAUCAUCCGGCCAGCAAUCAGCGUCCUUAUUGCCCCGCGGCAACACCUCCUCUCCUUCUCCCUCCCUCGACCCGUCUUUGCACUCAUCUCCUCUCUCACUCUCUCGCUCUCCCUCCUCAUCCUCUUCUCCUCUCUCUCUGUGGACCCCGCUCUCUCCCCCACUACUUCUCCUCUCCUCACUGCUGCGACUGUGCCACUUGGCGUGCUCUUAGUGGCCGCUGCUGGUGCUGGAGGGAGGGCUAUAGCCGCACAGCAGCAUGGGGUGUUGCCAGCCCUAGAUACACCCCUCCCUCUGCCCUCUCCCUCCUUCGGGCUGUUCGGGAUUUUAUCCCCUUACAAAGGGUUACUUCCAAACCGUACCGUUCUCCUCGAUCUAUCCCUAAGCAGCGCUGUCGCUUCCUUCGCUGCAUCUGCUGCUCUUAUCCUUCUAGGCCUCCUUCAAUCCGAUACACUCACACCUGAUGUAGUCACCAUUCCGGCUUCCACCUUCGCCCACUCCCACGUCCUCUCCUCUCUCGCCUCAGACUGUGCAGCUGCUGUACUCGUUACUAGCCCUGAUUCUUUACAGUCUACAGUUUCUACAGGAGCUUCCACUGUAGAACUCGCAGUAAAUCCUCUGAUUCUAGCCGGAUUGCUCGGGGUCAACCUCUCUUCUCUCUCCUUGCUACCAGUGGGCAUUCUAGAUGGUGGUCGCAUCAUCACAGCGCUUUUUGGAAGGAAGCAGCAGCAUGCAGUAUCAAUGGGUCUGCUAGCAGCAGUGGCCGUUUCUAUUGUUUUGAGACCUGAUGGCCGGGAGAAUGCAGCGAUCUGGUUGGUGCUGGCGGCGGUUCUGCUGAAGCGAGAUGAUUGGUUUCAACGAGAGGAGGUUUCUGAGCCGUCGAGCAGAAGGAAGCUGGUUGCAGCUGCGUUAGUGGCUGCUUCGAUAUGUAUAUUGUGGCCUUGAUGCACUCUGGCACGAUAUGGGUGAGGUGAGGUUCCUACAAUUCUUCAUCAAUUGUUGUUUAUAUACACUGAUAGAAUAUGAUUAGAGUUAUUCACAAGAGAAUCAAUUUCCAUGUCAAUGGUGUUCUUCAUAAGUCGAAGCCUACAUACAUACGGUACCUUGUACGGAAAAAUAUUAU